AGUCACGACGUCGCGUCAACACAUGACACAGGAUUAGACCUUAGACUGCAACAAUGGCACCAUCCAGGGCCCUUCUGCUUCGCCGUCUAACUUCCGUAGCCGGAACUCCGUUCUCACGAGCAGGCUCGCGCCUUGUCACAAUAUCCGCAUCCAGACUGCAUAGUACACAGCAAGUCUCAGCCCUACGACCCAGCCUAUCGCAACAGACACGGUUCGCCAUACCUUGCAUCCGGGCGUAUUCGCAAUCAGCAAACACAACCCCGCAGGCGCCGGAUUACCUGAACGAGGCCGAGCUGCACGUCUUCAAUAAAAUACAAGCCGAGCUGGAACCCGUGAAGCUAGAGGUCCAAGAUAUCAGCGGCGGAUGCGGGUCAAUGUAUGCGAUUGAGGUUGAGUCACCAAAGUUCAAGGGCUUGACUGUGAUCAAGCAGCACAAAAUGGUCAAUGAGGUGUUGAAGGACGAGAUUAAGAGCUGGCAUGGUGUGCAAUUGCGGACAAAGGCUGCUUGAAGCGCAUUGCGGGGAAUCAAUGUGUAACCAUUGUAUUAUUACACCACAAUGUAUAGUGUUAUUCCAUAUCGAGUAAAACAAAAGCGGUCAGCUAAAGAGUGCUACAAUGAUAGUCGACAGGAAUGACGGCCCCGCCAAUCUCAGAACUUAGA